CCCCGGAAUAUCAAAAGCCAUGACAGACCUCCAUAAAAAGCUAGAGUUUUGGUUGUUGGAGAAACAGAGCUUGAAUUUCUCCGCUGUUUGCUUGAGAGGUUGAUAAAGUUAGAGCCUUUCCAUUGCCUCUUGGAUCUCAGAAUCAUAAAGUCAUGAGCUUGAAGAACAUUAUCUGGGAAGUCUGGACGAGCAAGAUGUUUUUGUACUUUCCUGCUUUCUUGGAGAAAGUUCAAGUUUUUAAUCUGUUAACAUUAGUGUAAGAUCUUCAGAUUAAUAUUUGUUAUGAAAAAAGCUUCAGAUCUGUAUUACUUUUGCUGGUUUUUCAGCCAAGUGUAGAGAUUUAAUCACUCCCUCAUUUCAGAAAUCAUCAGUGCAUUAAGAUGCUCAAAGAAUUCUAUUCUUACUAGGCAAUUAUGAGUCUUUUUAAUUUUUUCUUUAGGAAUUUGAAUUUUGGUAUUACAUUAGUUUUUGAUCAUGUACAUAACUCAACACUUUGGAUUCUGCAUUUUCCUGAUUAUUUAAUUUUCGUAGAGCUUUCCAUAUAAUAUCUGUUUCAUGGAGUUGCUAAGAAUCUGAGAUCUCAAUGCCAAAUGAAGAUAAAUGAAUGGAGUUUCAACAAGGAAACUCCGAGGUUGAGAAUGAAGCAUUAUCAGCAAAAUUUGUGAGAAAUGUAUCAUCAUCUUCUUCAGCAUUUUUUUCUGCAAUUCAAUCCCCUUUCCUCUCUCCACGAACCACAAAAUUUCCAAUAUGUGAAAUUGUCCAACCGAAGAGUUCAAACUCAUCAAACUAUUACACUAAAAGAAGCGUCGAUCCUCUUGUUUCACAAGCUUUUGCCAAACAAUUAGAAUCUUCAUCAAAUGCCGACAUUUUGGCUUCAGAUGAUUUUGGAACACCGAGCGCAGUUGUAGAAAACUUUGAGUUCAAUGUGCCUUCAAAUUGUUUCUGCCAUGGUGGCAGCUCAUCAGACUGCAGCAAUGGGACUAGUGCUGAAAAUUUACUUAAAAAUGGAAGCCAGGUGAAAUUCAGUAGGAGUCAACUAACAAAUUCAUUUGAUCAAUCUUCGGCAUCAAUUUCUUCGUGUAGCAAAACAUUUAGUUAUGAUGUGUACAUAGGCUUUCAUGGCCGGAACCCUUCUUUGCUCAGGUUUGCUAAUUGGCUUCGUGCAGAAUUAGAGGUUCAAGGAAUUCGGUGUUUUGUGUCAGAUAGAGCUCGAUGCAGAAAUCCUCGAAGUCAUGAUACAGUGGAAAGAAUAAUGAAUUCUUGCGCUUUAGGAGUGGUGAUCCUCUCAAGAAAUUCUUUUAGCAAUCCUUACAGCAUUGAGGAGCUAAGGAACUUUUUAGGCCGGAAAAUUCUGGUUGCCAUUUUCUUUGAUUUGCGUUUCAGUGAUUGUCUUGCAAGAGAUGUGAUUGAGAAAAGGGGGGAAUUGUGGGAGAAAGAUGGUGGUGAAUUAUGGUUGUUAUAUGGUGGUGAAGAGGAGGAAUGGAGUGAAGCUGUUGAUGGGCUUUCCCGGGUUUCAGAUUCACAUUUAGAGGCAAAUGAUGGCAAUUGGAGGAAUUGUAUAUUCGAGACGGUGAUUCUUUUGGCUACAAGAUUAGGCUUGAGGAGUGUAGUUGAACGAAUAAAACGGUGGAAGGAAAGAGUAGAAGAAGAGGAGUUUCCUUUUCCUCGAAAUGAAGAAUUUGUCGGGCGGGAAAGAGAACUCUCUGAACUUGAACUUCUUUUGUUUGGGUAUGUCAGUGGAGAUGGCGAAAGAGAACUGCUUGAAGCCAAAUCAAAGAGGAGGAGAAAGAGCUUGAGAACACAUCAACAGAUAGAAGACGGCAAUAAAAGUAAAGAAAUAUUCAGAAAUGUUCAGCGGAAAAGAUAUACAAGGAUUGUUUAUGGUAAAGGCAUUGCAUGUGUGGCAGGAAAAUCAGGAAUCGGAAAAACAGAGCUUGCUUUAGAAUACGCUUACAGAUUCUCGCAAAGAUACAAGAUGGUUUUAUGGAUGGGAGGUGAAGCAAGAUAUGUGAAGCAAAAUUUUUUGGAUCUUCGAAAUUUUCUUGAUGUUGAUCAGAGUGAUGAAAAUUGUCCUACUAAAAACAACAAGGUAAAGAGUUUCGAGGAGCAAGAAAGAGCGGCAAUUGAUCAUGUAAGAGAAGCACUCAUGCAAGACAUUCCCUACUUGGUUGUAAUCGACAAUUUGGAGAACGAAAAGGAUUGGUGGGAUCAAGAACUUGUUAUGGACCUUCUCCCACAAUUCAGAGGAGAAAUUCACAUUAUUAUUACAACCCGUCUUCCACGGGUUAUGGAUUUGGAGCCGAUCAAACUUUCGUAUUUGUCUGGUCUUGAGGCAAUGUCGUUGAUGAAGGGAAAUGUGAAGGAUUAUCCCGUCAUGGAGAUCAAUGCGCUCAGAGUAAUAGAAGAAAAACUUGGCAGGUUAACACUUGGUUUGGGAAUUGUAGGAGCUAUACUUUUCGAGCUUUCUAUAACCCCAAGCAAACUUCUUGACACUAUAAACAGAAUGCCGAUAAGAGAUUCGAUAUGGUCUGAUGGAGAAGCUCAUAUACUAAGACAACACCCAUUCCUCAUGCAACUAUUCGAUGUUUGCCUUUCGAUAUUUUAUUAUGCAGAUGGUUCCCGGAGUUUAGCAGCUCGAAUGUUUCUUGUUAGUUCUUGGUUUGGUCCUACUGCUAUUCCAAUUCCGCUUCUUGCCAUGGCUGCACACAAGGUCCCUGGAAAGUAUCAUGGCACUGAAAAGUGGCAGAAAAUUUUUCGGGCAUUAAAUUGCAUCAUCAAAUCAACUAAAAUAAAAAAAUCAGAGAUUGAAGCAUCAUCGAUGUUAGUAAGAUUUGGCAUUGCAAGAUAUUUAACCAAAUACGACGCUAUUCAUUUCCAUGAAAUCAUUAAGAUCUACGCUCGCAAACGAGGAUCAAUUGCAAUAGCUCAGGCAGUUGUUCAAGCAAUCUCUCAUAGAAGUUUUGCUUCUCAAUAUUCUGAGCAUCAAUGGGCAGCCUGUUUCUUACUAUUCGGCUUUGGCACCGAUCCUAUUACAGUGAAUUUAAAACCGCCGGAGUUGCUUUUGUUCGUGAAACACAUUGCUUUACCUCUUGCAGUUCACACAUUCAUCAAAUUCUCUCGCUGUAAUGCUGCAUUAGAACUUCUUCGGCUUUGUGCUGAUGCUUUAGAUGCCGCUGCAGAAACAAUGUUAUCGCGAGCCGACAAAUGGCUUGGCAGGUCAUUCUGCUGUCAAAAGCCGAAUAAUUCAGUUACUCAAUACACAUACAUUUGGCAAGAAUUGGCUCUCCUGAAAGCUGGAGUAUCAGAAGUUAGUGCAAAACUAAUGCUUCAAGGUGGAGAAUAUCACAUUGCUGAAGAUUUGAUUCGGCAAACUAUUUACAUAAGAAAAUCAAUCUAUGGUGAGUAUCAUGCAGAUACAGUAUCAGCUCAGGAAACAUUGAACAAGUUAGGAAGUGUUUUCAUGAACAUGCAAUUGAACUGAAUUUGUAUUAUUUCUGAAACAAAUAAUAAUGUAUUUAUUCAUUGGA